AUCGACGAUCCUUCACGACUGACCGCCCCACCUCCUGCCCAAUCUCACAAUGCUUUGAAGGUAUCACACGAUGGCCGAGCAUAUCUUGACAGCGACUGCCCACUGCCCAAACUCAAUGCGGAAGACAUUCUGGUCAAGGUUGCCUACGUCGCUCUUAAUCCGGUCGAUGGCAAAUCAGUCGACAUGUCUCCUACAGAAGGAGCUGUUAUCGGAUGCGACUUUGCUGGCGAAGUAGUUGUCUCGAGCACAUUACGAGACGACAUCGUCGAAGGCACACUAGUUUUUGGUUGUGUCUUUGGAAAUAAUCCCAUCUAUACCGACAAUGGCGCCUUUGCCGAGUACGUCGCUGUCCCGGCUCGGCUUGUCUUUCGCGUUCCAAGCGGUAUGCCUCUCCAGAGCGCUGUAACUCUGGGACUCGGACUGGCAACCGUGGGACUAGCAUUAUUCCACGGGAUGGAUCUUCCCGGCAAGCCUUGGUCUCCUGCCGAGAAAGCAGUUUCUGUGCUCAUACUGAAAGUUGCUGGGUUCCGACCAAUCACUACCAGCUCUUCUCAUAGCUUCGGACGCCUGAAAGACCUCGGAGCUGUGGCGACUUUCGAUUAUCACUCGCCCACAUGUGGAGCAGAUAUCCGGGAAUUCACCAAUGACAAUCUCGCUUUCGCCUUGGAUUGCCACUCGGAUUCGGGCUCAAUGGCCAUCUGCUACGAGGCGAUCGGAUCACAAGGAGGCCAGUACAUGGCUCUGAACCCAUUCCCGCUGCGUGUGCAUAGGAGAAGGAGCAUCCGUCCAGACUGGGUGUUCAUGUUUACUCAAUUCUCGCAAGCGAUUUCCUGGAAACGUCCAUACUAUUGCGACCCCCAACCGGAGGACAAGGCAUUUGCAGUCAUGUGGUACGAGCAGGUGCAGCAUCUCUUGGAUGGCGGGAAGAUCAGUCCACCUUUGUACAAGGAAAUGAAUGGUGGGCUUGCUGCGGUGGUGGACGGUAUGGAGUCGUUGAUCAAAGGCAAAGUCGCAGGUCACAAGUUAGUUUAUGCCGUUGGUCGCUAA